AUGUUGCAACUUGGGAGAAGGAUGUCGGUAACUUACGUGAGAGGCGCAACUUCUGCGUCUCUGGUGCCAGGCGGAACAAACGAGGUGGUAAAAGUGAGUGGAAAACUUGCUAGGAGUUCAAAAGAACAAUGCAGGGAGUGCGAACUAGCAGCUGCGUUUUAUAAAGAGGGAAAACGUAGUGGUCUCCGAAAAUUGAUGAAAAUCGUGACGAAGAAGAAGGAAGUUAGCGAGGCCACAAGUCGUUGUGCUGCUUUCGCUGCAGCUUUGGCAUUGAAACUUGGCAAGGUUCCGGAAGCAAGUGAGAUGAUUUCGCAUGUCACAAUGUCUCCUCCAGUUAUUCGACGUAGUUUACUUGUAAACAUUCUUGUCAAGGAAGGCCGUUUGGAUGACGCCUUAGACGAAAUGGAACGAUGCCUUCAAGAGGAGGAUCUCAUUUUCAACUCCGAGAACAGCUCCAUAAGUGAGGAGUCGUUGGACACACUUUGCAAUUCUAUCAAGGAACGGACCGACACCCAAAAACAGAUGCAACGAUUCCGAGCGCUACAACGUGUGAUCACCUCAUAUAACAGGAGGAGCUCCAAGUCAGUUGAAGAGCUGUUGCACACACCCCUGCAGGUCGGAUUAUCAGACGACGAACCUGCCAAGAAGACCGAAAUUCACCUCAGCGACAAGCUGGUUGUUGGUGAUGCGCUUGAAACUGAUCGAGCAAACACAGCGCAGCAACUAACUCGAAUCGUUACAAAAAGCAAUGUAAUUCACUUCGAAUUAUGCAUACACCCGCUAAUGGUCACAAUUGGAUUCGGUUCAAGCGAUCGAUAA